UGAAAACUGCAUGUUCUAAUUAACCAAACCAAACCAACUCAACUCCACCUUCAAAUCAACCAUCAACAAUGGAGGUUUCCGACGAAGACUACAAUCUCGAAUUCCGAUCGAUGAAAGAUGACGCGUGGUACACCUGCGCCGUCGUUCUCGACCACGGCAACGACCGCCUCCGUGUGAAGCUCGAAGGCUACAGUCAAAGCUACUUCGACGAAGUUUUCUCCAUCGCUGAUUUCUCGUCUCACUGUGAAAUCGAACAAUUUGUUCAGAGAUUCCGUCCGUUCUCCAACCCGGUCCAGGAUUACGAGUGUUCCAGAAUCGUUCAAGGCGUGAUCGUCUGUGCAGCCUACAGACGCCACGAAGAAGUUCGAUAUUUUGACGCCAUUGUUGAUGCUGUGCGUUAUAAAGAGCAUACAGCCGAGGAGUGUUUAUGUAGUUAUUUACUAUGCUGGCAGCAUGGCCCUAGUGAGGGAAAUGUAACAAAAGCAACUAUUGAGGACGUUUGUCUUCUUUCGCAUGGUGAUAUUAAUCCUAAAAUUGUUGAAUUCACAAACCUUAUGAAACAACAACUUAAAGGGUCCUCUGUUCGACCGCAGGUGUUUGGCAGUGCGGGACGUUGUUCUCAUGCCGGAUCCCCUGAGUUAAGUGAUCAUGACAUAGAUAUGGGAGGUGCGAAAACAACCGAUCGUCAUCAUUAUAUCGUGCUGGAAAACUUGGAGAAAGAUCUAUGUCCGUUGUUAAUGAUGGAUUUUAUACAAGAACAUACGUCAAUCACAGCACAAACGUAUGUUUUUCCAAGUUUGUUGCUAGAAACAAAUGCACGAGGAGCAAUCAUGGUAGAUAGCAUUACGAAGUUAAAGAGGAUUUAUGAUUUUAUAAACAAUCCAAAUCACUUAAUUACAUCUUUCUCUGGAAGGCCGUGGGUAAUGGCUGAAAAUAUUCUUAGAAGUGGAACAUUCAACACAAACCUGCUGAGCUUGCAGCCUAACUAUGAGAACUGGAAUACGGAGAAUGUGCUGAAGGUUGUUCGCGUUGGAACAGAAGAAUCCAGAAAAUCUAAACAGCUAAAAGAUUUAUAUUUGAAAUUUCGCAAUCAUUUAAAUGUGCUUGUGCAGAGGCUGGAUACGGAGGAGAAGAAGGAACCAGGCGCGUUCAGUUUCUGCAAAUUGUAAAAACUGAACGCAUGGCCCGUAGUAGGAUGUCAAAGGUGUUAAAUAGAGUUAGUUACACAGAUGGUCCCUAUGGUAAGACCAUAUUGCAGUUUUGGUCCCCCCAAGUUUUUGGAAAUUACACGCACAGUUUCCGCUAUUAACUUACGGGUGGACACAUUUGCAACAUGAACAAUUUUAGGGCCUGAGCCAGUUGUAACUAGGUUUUGGUUCUAGACUUAGGGUUGUUUGUUUCAACUCUUAAUGUGUUCUUCAGCACUUAAUGGUUCAGACUGUUCGUUUCGCGAGUA